AUGUCGCGCUUGUCAAGUCGUCGCAAUUUAAGUCUGAAAGAACUAUCUACUUUUAAUGAACCACCAGGAUCAAAUCUCAUGUUUCAAUGGUCUAUAUCGGCUGCUGAUUCACCUUGCUUAGCAGAUAAUUCGUCAGUUAUACUUCCUUCAAUUAAUACUACUCGAUCUCAAAGAAAAGUUUCUACUGAUUCUUCAUUAACACAUGUAAGUUCAACCAGUUAUUCUUCGAUGUCAACACGAAAAUCUUCAUAUCUACCUUUUGUCAACAAGAAAUAUCAUUCGUCAAUAUCACCUGAACAUGAUCAAAGUUCUACACAAAAUAGUCCAUUAUUACUUAAUUAUAGUCAAUUACAUCCAGUAUUAUGUUCUUCACCUACAAAACAACCGAUCGAAAACAGUCUUUUUAUUCCUUCAAUAUCCGAUAAUAAACGAAACAGUGUUUCUAUCCAUUCAAUAUUCGGUGACAAACAAAACAGUGUUCCUGUUAAUCCAAUAUCAGAUACAAAACGAAAUAGUGUUUUUCUUCAUUCAAUAUCCAGUAAUAAGCGAAGCAGUGUUUCUAUUCGCUCUAUAUCUGAUAAAAAACGAAAUAGUAUUUCAUCUGUGAACAGUAAAGUAUCUUCUACAUCAAAAACAACAACAUCAUCAAAGACUAAAGCACCUUUAUCAUCGACAAAACCUGAACAACGUUUAUUAAAUAAUAAUUUAGUACGAUUAAAUACCGCACAAUUACGUCGAUUAAAUGUAUCUGAAAAAUAUAUGGAUGAAGCAAAAAAACUUUAUUUUAAUAUUCCUUGUAGAAGUUUUAUUCCUCGUGUUGUAAUGGUAUAA